UCCCAGAAAGAGGGGAAGGAGGAGCUGAGUGGGGGGCGGGCAGGGGACUGGAAAGGGCUCUCUGGAAGGCCUCCCGGGGAUGGGGGGUGCAGCUCGUCUGAGCGCCCCUCGAGCGCUGGUGCUCUGGGCCGCACUGGGGGCGACAGCUCACAUCGGACCAGCACCUGACCCCGAGGACUGGUGGAGCUACAAGGAUAAUCUCCAGGGAAACUUCGUUCCAGGGCCUCCCUUCUGGGGCCUGGUGAAUGCAGCCUGGAGUCUGUGUGCCGUGGGGAAGCGGCAGAGCCCUGUGGAUGUGGAGCUGAAGAGGGUCCUUUAUGACCCUUUUCUGCCCCCUCUGAGGCUCAGCACAGGGGGAGAAAAGCUCCAGGGAACCCUGUACAAUACAGGCCGCCACGUCUCCUUCCUGCCUGCGCCCCGGCCCGUGGUCAACGUGUCUGGGGGUCCCCUCCUCUACAGUCACCGGCUUAGUGAACUACGGCUGCUGUUUGGAGCGCGGGACGGAUCCGGCUCUGAACACCACAUCAAUCACCAGGGCUUCUCAGCUGAGGUGCAGCUCAUUCACUUCAAUCAGGAACUCUACGGAAACCUCAGUGCAGCCUCCCGGGGCCCCAACGGCCUGGCCAUUCUCAGCCUUUUUGUCAAUGUGGCCGGCAGCUCAAACCCAUUCCUCAGCCGCCUCCUCAAUCGUGACACCAUCACCCGCAUCUCCUACAAAAAUGACGCCUACUUUCUCCAAGACCUGAGCCUGGAGCUCCUAUUCCCCGAUUCCUUCGGCUUUAUCACCUAUCAGGGAUCCCUCAGCACCCCGCCCUGUUCAGAGACGGUCACCUGGAUUCUCAUCGACCGCGCUCUCAACAUCACCUCGCUCCAGAUGCACUCCCUGAGACUCCUGAGCCAGAACCCACCGUCCCAGAUCUUCCAGAGCCUCAGCGGUAACGGCCGGCCCCUGCAGCCCUUGGCCCACAGGGCCCUGAGGGGAAACAGGGAUCCCCGGCACCCUGAGAGGCGCUGCCGAGGCCCCAACUACCGCCUGCAUGCCCAGAGUGACGGCCCCUCCUCUGGCUUCUCAACAUGGUACAGCCCAGAUCCCCAUGAAUACCGUCACUUAGUUCUUCCACCCUCCUGUUGACUCCUUAUGGUUCAGCCCAGGACCUCACCAUUCUCCUCAACUUAUGGAUGGUGCCCCCCACGGUCGCUGAGACGCCCCAUAGAGGAUUGCGCUUGCCUGUCCCAAGCCUCCUUUCAAAGGGAGGGGAGUCACCCACAAAACAAAGCUAUUAAAGGGACAGAAUACUUC